CGCUCUUGCCAGUAUCUGUUGGCGUUGUCGGUGACAACAAGCCACAGAACCAAGACCAGCAACACUAACGACUCCAUGUCCUCCAUGUUUAUUGUUUACUAUUCGGGGCGUGAGACUACCGCUUAAAAGAUCACUGAUGUCACUGUUUGCGCUGCUUAACGACAUCACCUGACGUCCACCCACUUUCGCUAACUCCACCCAAUGUGUCCACCCACUUCCAGCCAGCACGGUUCAGCACGGUUGUAGUCGAAAUGCAACUCCAACAGCCCCGCUCAGCCCGACUCAGCACGGCACGGCUCAGCCCGACUCAGCCGCGUUUGUAGUGGAAAAGCGGCAUUAGAGUUCCGGGCUUUUAGAUAAAUUUCGAUUGAAAAUAUUGUGAAUAUAACGUUAAUACAAUGUGAUGGGAUAUAAUAAUACUGGAUAAUGAAAGAAUACAUGACAGUGAUACGUGCGAGUACAAGAUGUUAAGUAUGAAACCUCUGAAUAUUUAGAAAACGUAACGUUAUUGUAAUGUACCGUCCCGUUCUGGUUCAUUCUUUCCGUACUGGGUUAUGGGAGACACCGUGCUGGAUUAAGUCCAAGAGAACACACAUAUAAACACUGUAAGAGGUAAUACAGCGCAGGGGAUUUUGCUGUAUUCUUGCUGCCCUGCAUUUUAGUUCAGUGCUGUCAGUCCAUAGUUGCUAUGUGGUGGUGUUCAAACACUCAGGCCUCUAUUGGCCCUUUUCCACUACCCUUUUUCAGCUCACUUCAGCUCGCUUCAGCUCACUUCAGCCCGACACGGCUCGCGUUUCGACUACCAAAAACCAGCACGACUCAGCUCGCUUCAGCCCUGCUUAGCCCCUAAAACUCGCACCGUUUUGGAGUAGGGCUGAAGCGAGCCAAAGCGAGCCGAGUGAGGUUGGGGGCAUGAGCAGACACUCCCCUGUGCACUGAUUGGUGAGGAGGAGUGUCCUCACAUGCCCACACACGCCCCGCGAGCGCGCCGGGAUCUGUAAACACCGCAAACCCGGAAGGAGAAGAAUUCCGAAUUACGAGAAUUUCUGAAGCCUUAUGCGCCUCGCCUCAUCUAUACGCUCUUGCCAGUAUCUGUCCGCGUUGUCGGUGACAACAAGCCACAGCACCAAGACCAGCAACACUAACGACUUCAUGUCCUCCAUGUUUAUUGUUUACUAUUCGGGUCGUGAGACUACCGCUUAGAAGCUCACUGAUGUCACUUCUUCUUCUUCUUCUUCUUCUUUUAAUUGGCGGUUGGCAAACAACUUUUUGGAAGCAUUACCGCCACCUACCGAAAUGGAGUGUGAGUCUGGGUGUAAACUAUCUCUACUAUAAACCACUGAUGUCACUGUUUGCGCUGCUUAACGACAUCACCUGACGUCCACCCACUUUCGCUAACUCCACCCAAUGUGUCCACCCACUUCCAGCCAGCACGGUUCAGCGCGGUUGUAGUCGAAAUGCAACACCAACAGCCCCGCUCAGCUCGACUCAGCACGGCACGGCUCAGCCCGACUCAGCCGCGUUUGUAGUGGAAAAGCGGCAUAUGUGAAAGAGUAGCUUGUGUUCAUCAGUACAAAUGGGGCAUACCAGGGUUUCGAUGUGUUCCUUUGUCUCUGGGAAUUGACUGAGCUUUAUCAGACACCUUGUCUCAGAUGGAGCAGAGGAGCUAUGAGAGGCGUAAAAGCAGGAUCCCAGCAUUUAUUCGCAGUGGCUACACAAGACACCUCAUACAUGAAGCCAGUGGCAGAUCAAGAUCACUGCAUGGACAGGAUGCUAAGGACUUUGGCAGAGAGAAUGCUGCUAGCAAAAAAACUGUUACCAUGGCACCUGCUUCUAGGUACAUGACAAGCAGACGCUUGUAUACUGCCCGAAAGCCACUGAUCUCAACAGAUCACCAGAUUUCAAUCCUGAAGAAUCCUCUCGCACAUGAGUACUCAGAAAGGGUUCAAACGAGCAAUGUGGCCAAUUGUCAAACACAAGAUGAAGGGACGGAUUCUAACAUGUUGGACAGCACAAGUGAUCCCCAGAUCGUUGCUUCUUCUCUUUCAGCAACCAAAGAAGACCUUAAUGCCUCUUUGAAUUUGUCAGAGCUCAGGCUAUGUUCUUCUCAUGAGGAACCUAAUUUCAGCCCUGUUCUUUCAGCAAGCAAAGUUGAAACUAGGAGCCUUUGUAGUUCCCCUUUAGAUGAUUUGAGCCUUACAGUACCAUUAAGCCCUAAGUGGACUUCCACCCAGCGGAUUUUUCCUCACUCGUACACUUCCCAAACUCAUACCUCCCAAAGGGCAAACACAAGAGCAUACAAGCAAGAGAGACACUCUCUUCUUAAUACUGGUUUCGCAUUGAGUAACAACAAGAGCUGCUCGUCUGAACCUAAACGAAUGUCCCAUUAUCAAACCACUUACUGGGCCUGUGCUAUCCCCAGUACCUUACCACCCUCUCCAGACCGCAAGUCUCCCAGCUGGGAUCCUGACAAGGAUUAUCAGACCCUUCUGGAUUAUACAUACCCUCUAAGGCCCAACAUGACCAAUGCAUGGAGUUCAAACAAACACAGCUUGAGAACUGACCAACCUUUACAAGACUCUGGCAUUGAAGUGGACAGCUUUCUCAGCUCUUCUAGUCUUUCUUUUUUGGACCAACCUGUUUCUGGAAUGAGGCAGGAUAGAUCUGGUCCAGCUUCUAGUCAAACGUUUGGAUUUCAAAGUCCGAAUCUGAGGAAACUGGAACAUUCCAAGUCAUCAGAUAUCAAAAGCCUGAAUUCCUCACUGGAGCAGAUGGGUUUAUCAUUGGAAAGUCUGGAUUGUGAGGGGAAAGACAGCUUUCACUAUAAGAAAUCUGGCGUCUUUUCCACAUCCAGGUCUGCUCCGACCUUUAUCAGGUCCACAAGUAUCUUACCCCGUCCGGGGUCACUUGGCAAGUGGGAUGAGGAGUUUCUCCAGUUGCCUGAACAGCUACAUGAGAUUCAGGAACUUUCUCAGAAACUAAAAGACAUCACAGCACAGAUAAGUCAGCCAGUCCCCUCCAACUGGGAGUCUCUGCAGAGGGAGAGUAUCUCUGUUAGAUCUUCAUCAGUACAAGUGGAGAAACAGGCAGCUGAGGUCUCUUGUGUGCAAAAGUCUGCUGAAGAACUUCCUCUCACAGAGAAGAUGAAGGGAGUAGAUACUGGAGUGCAGGUAAUCACCCAUCAGGUAACAAGAGACAACCUGAGGCAUGUGGAAGCCAUUAUGGAUCAGCUGAGUGGAAUGUCUUUGUAUGAGUUUAAGAGGAAGACAGGGACUAAUGAGGGGGCGGAAGAGACCCAGGAAUCCCUCUUGCAGCACUUACAAACUUUCUGCUUAAAUUUAGAAAAACUGAUUCAGUGGUUGCACAAGGUGGUGAAGAAAAUGGAUGUUCUUUCCCCUCCUUCAUUGGAAAUUGAGAGUGUUAAAGCAUCUCUGGCUGACUGUAAGAGUUUUCAGGAGGAUAUCCAAGCCCACAAGCCACUUACUGCAUCUGUCCUCCAGACUGGAGAGAUGCUUUUGUGCUAUAUGAACUCAGCCUCUCCCUUUCUGAAGGAUACACUGACAUUGAUAGAAAGGCAGUCCCAUGCACUGGAGACUCAUUCAGAGCACCUCUUUUCCUCAAUCCUAUCCACCAUGGAUUGUCUCACUGAACCAAGCUCUCAGGAUGACACGGAAGAGACAUCAUUCAGCAGUCAGGAUCAGUAAAGUUCAGCGUACAUGUGUCCUCAAAUGCCUUACAGGACUUUUAUGUGCAGAUGCUACAGCAUGAGUUGUGUAAAAAAUCUGAAGCAAAGCAGUAAUUCUAAGUGGUUGAGGUAUUUAACACUUCAGGUAUUGUACAGUUAUGGUUAAUAAUACAGAUCACUAAUUGUACAUGACAUCUCACCAUAAUUGCAUUUAUGGUUUGUUGUGCUUUACACUUUUAAAUAUUUACUUUGAAGCACUAUCAUGUUAUACUAUUACCACAGAUGCACUUUUAAUUUUGCACAUUCGUCUCAUAUGUUCAGUUACAUGUACUAUAUAUUGCUCUGAUAUUACCAAAAAGGUCACUCCAUGUCAUGAUGGUAUUAUUUUGCAACACUUUAUAUUACAGUGAAGUGCUCUUCUGUCCUGGUACACAUCAGGAUCUCAGGUUAUUAGGGUUAUUCAUUAAGUUUUAAUAAGAGCUCUCUGGUUCUCAGUAGCAGCCCUGCAGCUUUAAUUUCUACUCAAGCAAAAAAGGGACACCGUACACUGCUGUCCAAGCUGCAGUGUGUGCCUUUUUAAGCUCUGUGAUCCAAGUCCUAAAUAAUAUUAUGUAUGAUAUUACAACUUGCAGUCUCUUUAGAACUUUUUUUAAUAGACACUUUUCAAAUAAAGAAUAACUGUUUUAGAUUA